AUGACCUUCUACAAGGGUCCGUUGUCAUUUGAGGAUGUGGCUAUCGCUUUCACCAAGGAGGAGUGGCAGCAACUGGACCGCGCUCAGAGGACCCUGUAUAGAGAUGUGAUGCUGGAGAACUUCAGCCACCUGGUCUCAUUGGGGCAUCCAAUGUCCAAACCAGAUGUCAUCUCCAAGUUGGAACAAGGACAAGAGCCAUGGAUUGUAAAAAGAGAUAUACCAAGUUGGAUCUAUCCAGAGAGGGAGACUAGACUUGAAAAUCCUCAGUUGGAUAUACCUGGAGGUGUUUCCUUCCAUAAGGAGAUAUUGGCAAAUGUGACAAGGGAGCAUUCAUUGUACUCCAUUUUUAAGGUCUGGCAGGGUGAUGACCAUCUGGAGAGAGAUGCGGAAAAUCAAGACAGACUUCUCAGGCAAGUCAUGGUCAUCAAAAACAAAACAGUUUCUGAAGAGUCAGGCUAUUCAUAUAAGACGUUAGGAAAAAUAUUUCAUGACUACGCAGACCUAGAUGCUUCAAGACAAGGACGGUAUGACCGUGACUCAUUUGAAAAGAGCUUGGAACCUAAUGUAAAGUUAUUCAGUUGUAAUAGGGGUUAUGCAAGUGAGAAUUUUGGGUGUGGGAGUACACCUAUUUCUUCCUAUUCUAAGCAUGAAAAAAUUCAUAAUGGGGUGAAACACUGUGAAGAUCGUCAAUGUGGAAAGAUUAUCAGCAAUAAACAAUCUCUUAUUCAAUAUUUGAAUGUUGAAACUGGAGAGAAGACCUGUGUAUGCAUUGAAUGUGGAAAAUCUUUUCUAAAAAAGUCACAACUCAUAAUACAUCAAAGAAUUCAUACUGGAGAGAAACCAUAUGAUUGUGGUGCAUGUGGGAAAGCCUUCAGUGAGAAGUCACAUCUCAUUGUACAUCAGAGAACUCAUACUGGGGAGAAGCCUUAUGAAUGUUCUGAAUGUGGAAAAGCUUUCUCUCAAAAAUCAUCCCUCAUUAUACAUCAGAGAGUUCAUUCUGGGGAAAAACCAUAUGAAUGUAAUGACUGUGGGAAAGCCUUCUCCCAGAAAUCCCCCCUCAUUAUACAUCAGAGAAUUCACACUGGAGAGAAACCUUAUGAAUGUAAUCAAUGUGGGAAGGCCUUCUCCCAGAAGUCACAGCUGAUUAUACAUCAUAGAGCUCAUACUGGAGAGAAGCCAUAUGAAUGUACUGAAUGUGGGAAAGCCUUCUGUGAGAAAUCCCACCUCAUUAUACAUAAAAGAAUUCACACUGGGGAGAAACCCUACAAAUGUGCUCAAUGUGAGGAAGCCUUCAGCAGAAAGUCAGAACUCAUUAUACAUCAGAUAAUUCAUACUGGGGAGAAACCUUAUGAAUGUACUGAAUGUGGGAAGACCUUCUCCCGGAAGUCACAGCUCAUUAUACAUCAGAGAACACAUACUGGAGAGAAACCCUACAAAUGCAGCGAGUGUGGAAAAGCCUUCUGUCAGCAGUCACAUCUCAUUGGACAUCAGAGAAUUCACACAGGUGAAAAACCUUAUAUAUGCAGUGAAUGUGGGAAAGCCUUCUCUCAGAAGUCCCACCUCCCGGGGCAUCAGCGCAUUCAUACGGGAGAGAAACCUUACGUGUGUGCUGAGUGUGGAAAGGCCUUUUCCCAAAAAUCAGACCUUGUUGUACAUCGGAGAAUUCAUACUGGGGAGAAACCCUAUCAGUGUACUAUCUGUGGUAAAGCAUUCAUCCAGAAGUCACAACUCACUGUACACCAGAGAAUUCAUACACUUGGCAAACUGUGGGAAUGUUUUGGAUGUGGAAAAUCAUCUAGCCAUGGUGCAUCUGAUUCUAAUCUUGAAAUAAUUCACAAUGGAGUAAUGCCCUGUAAUAAUAAUCAGUGUGGAAACAUUUUUAAUAGUAAACAAUCCCUUAUUCAAUAUCACAAUGUUGAAACUAAGGAGAAAACCUGUGUAUGUAUUACCUGUGGAAAAGCCUUUGCUAAGAAGUCACAGCUCAUUGUACAUCAACGAAUUCAUACUGGAAAGAAACCAUAUGAUUGUGGUGCAUGUGGGAAAGCCUUCAGUGAGAAGUUUCAUCUCGUUGUACAUCAGAGAACUCAUACUGGGGAGAAACCUUAUGAAUGUUCUGAAUGUGGAAAAGCUUUCUCUCAAAAAUCAUCCCUCAUUAUACAUCAGAGAGUUCACACUGGGGAAAAACCCUAUCAGUGUAGUGAAUGUGGGAAAGCCUUCUCCCAGAAAUCCCCCCUCAUUAUACAUCAGAGAAUUCACACUGGAGAGAAACCUUACGAAUGUAGAGAGUGUGGGAAGGCCUUCUCCCAGAAGUCACAGCUGAUUAUACAUCAUAGAGCUCAUACUGGAGAGAAGCCAUAUGAAUGUACUGAAUGUGGGAAAGCCUUCUGUGAGAAGUCCCACCUCAUUAUACAUAAAAGAAUUCACACUGGGGAGAAACCCUACAAAUGCGCUCAAUGUGAGGAAGCCUUCAGCAGGAAGACAGAACUCAUUACACAUCAGUUAAUUCAUACUGGGGAGAAACCUUAUGAAUGUACUGAAUGUGGGAAGACCUUCUCCCGGAAGUCACAGCUCAUCAUACACCAGAGAACACAUACUGGAGAGAAACCCUAUAAAUGCAGUGAAUGCGGAAAAGCCUUCUGUCAGAAAUCACAUCUCAUUGGACAUCAGAGAAUUCACACAGGUGAAAAACCUUAUAUAUGCAGUGAAUGUGGGAAAGCCUUCUCUCAGAAGUCCCACCUCCCAGGGCAUCAGCGCAUUCAUACAGGAGAGAAACCUUACGUGUGUGCUGAAUGUGGAAAGGGCUUUUCGCAGAAGUCAGACCUUGUUUUACAUCGGAGAAUUCAUACUGGGGAAAGACCUUAUCGGUGUGCUGUAUGUGGUAAAGCAUUCAUCCAGAAGUCACAACUCACUGUACACCAGAGAAUUCAUAACAGUGGUAAAAUUAUAAUGAACUGAACACAGAAAAGCCUUCUCAGUAUUAGCUCAAGCCUUAAUAAAUACUAGGAACCUGAUUGAUACUUAUGGGACAUCUUUAUAGAUAAAAUUUAAUAAGAGAAUUCAUGUCUAUAGUGAGAUGAUACCUAGCUCAGCAAAGAUGAUGGAAAAUAAUCUUAAAUGAAGAACAUUUUCAAUAUGGUAUGUAAAAAUUUUUAAAGUCAUGGUCUGUAGAACAAAUUAUGUAUAUAGACAAAUUAUGUAUAUUGUCAAGUGACAUAUUCUUUAUUAUACCACAUUAACAAUAACCAGACAUUGUGAAAUUGCUUAUAUUAGCUUGGCAUAAUUUUGGCCAUACAGUAAGUCCCAACAAAGGACACGAAGAAAGCUUGAGUUAAAAAACAAAACAAAAACAAACCAUUCCUAGAAACUACAUCAUAAGGAGGGGCUUAGCAUGACCCCUAAAGAUAUAUGUAAAAUUCUUGUACAAAGAUGGAAAUAUGGGUGGGUCAGAUUCAAUACAGGUGAUGUUUAUGCAUUUUCCCAUUUCAAGCAUAUAAGUUGACCUGUCUCUCUGGAAGGAUCCUGGACCUUGAAAUUGAUGCGCCUUGACCAGAUCUCCGUUUUAUUCUUCCUCCCUGAGUUUGGUAUUGUGGAAAUGGUGAAACUAAUGUUAAAUAGGUACUGAGCCAGAUGGCCUUGUGUUUUAAUCCUGGCUCAGCUAUUCACAGAUUGUGUGACUUCAGGCAAUCCUGUUUCACCCAUCUGAAUAUUU